AUGUCCGUCCACGUGAUUGCGGAGUAUUUCAAGAGGUUCUAUGUUGGCUACAGGCCGAUGAAUCUUCGCAUGCCAACGAGCGUGGAUGGCCAGGCGUUUGAUUACAUGCUUUUCCCAGCUCGCGAAGCGCCCUCACGAGCCCCGUCAAGUGGCUCAGCUGCUGCAGAUGAUGAAGAGGAUGACGACGAGUAUGAUGAAGCAGCUGAGUCUGAAGCUGCAAUGGAAGAUGAUGAAUUUGUGGAGGUAGGAGAGGAAGAGGAGCCCAUCACUGGUGGCUCGAGCUCUGCAAAUCCUGUGCCCAUGGAAGUGGGGAAGCCUGACAUGGAUGUCAACAUGGAGCCCACGAGACCUGUGAUCACCGAUGAUGUGGUACCCACGACCGGGGAAGCCACCCACCCCCCGGAGCCCGUGCCGACGACCGGUGCAGCCACGAGCCCUCCGAAGCCUGCAAAGGAGCGCAAGCAGCAUUACUUGGUAAAGGAUCGUGCCUAUGGCUACUUGUGUGUCCUUUGUGGAAACAGUGCGAUGGAGACCGGGAUCUUGAGAGCCAAGAAGUGCUUCCCUCUACCGGACCUUAGGCCCAUGGAUGCAAAGCUUGAAGCAGCCUCGCAAUCCAGCAAGGCCUCUAGCCCAGGAUCUCCCCACCCAAAGCCAACCGAGAGGGAGGUUUCAAUGCUUGAGGAGUUAGCAUCUUUGCAGAAACAGAAGGCUUUGCUGGAGGAGCUUUUGCAAUUGCAGGAACUUGAGGACUUCGAAAAAGCUCUUCAACAGGAAGAGGAGGAGCUACAGCAAGCUUUAAGAAGGUCUGAAUUGCAGGCUGAGGAAGAUGAGCUGAAUCGCAAAUGCAGCAGGCCAGCCGAUGAUGCAGUUGCACCCACAACAGGAACCCCGCCAGCAAAAGCUGCAAGACCUGAUGAUGAGGCCCCGCCUGCAAUCGUGGAGCCAGCCCGAACAAAGCCUGUUGAAGCCAAAGUGGUCCCAACGACUGAUUUCGAAGUGCCCCCCCAAGCCAUCGUGGAGCCGUCCCAAGCAGAGCCUGUUGAAGCCAAAGUGGUCCCACCCGUGGGCAGCAUGGGCAGUGCGGUGUGCUUCUUGAUUGCAGUGAUAGGCCCUGAUCUCCUCGACACGGUGCCUGACGAGCCGCUGUUUGAUAUGCCGCCUCCAGAAGCAGUUUCGGAAGGGGUAUCUGAGGAGCUGCUAGGGACAUGCAAGAGGCUCGAGGUGCCUCCAGUGGCAACGGGUCCAGAGGCACUGCAGGAAGAGGUUGUGCAGCCUUCUAGUGUGUCGAUCAGAAUCGCUCCGGAGUCUGAUGCUGAAGAAGGGGAGGAAGAGCUCAUGGAACAUGAUGUGCUGAUCGAUGUCAAUACAGAAGGGAAGCUGGAAGCUGACAAGGUUCCUGAAGGGCAUGAGGACACAAAGCCCCCAAGCCCGAGCAAAGCCACUGUCUUUUAUGACAAGCACAUGCCUCCUUGCCCGAUUGAGGUGGAUCACAAGCCAGCAACCCCCGCAGAGCAGCGACUGGCUGUGAGUGCUCCUGGAAAUGGCCGAGGUAGAGGCCGUGGUGGCCGAGGCUCGAAGGUUCCCGUGACAGAGGGAACGGGUAGGGGCCGAAGCCGUGGUGCUGGGCGGGGCCGUGGAGGCCGUGGCCGGGGUUUGAAGGUUCAAGCAACAGAGGAUGAAGAGGAGGAGGAGUGUGAGAGUGGGGCAGAGAGUGGGACUGCUUCCGGGGGAGAGAUUGAGCCUGAGCCCAAGGCUGCUUCCAAGGCCGGGCGGCCUAAGGGUGGGGCGAAGGCGGCCCCGAAAAGGGCGAGCACGCCAAAGUCCAAGGCGGCACCAAAGGACAAAGCGAAGGAUCCAGCACCGGAGGUGAAGACCCGUGGCCCAGCCAAGGAGCGCAAAGCGAAGGAGCCAGCACCGGAUGUGAAGACCCGUGGCCCAGCCAAGAAACGCAAAGCGGAGGAUCCAGCACCCGAGGUGAAGGUUCCCAGUGGCCCAGCCAAGAAGGGUGGAGGAAAGGCCCCAGCACCGAAAGCAGUUCCCAAAGCCAAGGGCAAAGCGAGUGCAAAACCAAGUGCUAGCAAGCCGAACAAUGCUGCAGAUGAUGCUGAGGCAGAGAAGAAAGCACAGAAAUCACGCAAGUCUGUAGCAUAUCAUCGUGCUGCCAAGCUAGCCAAAGAAGCGGGAAAGUCAGAGGAGGAAUGCAAAGAAGCAGGGAUCUACACCCGGGUUUUUGGUGAAAACUUGCUGAAAGCCUUCGAUGAAUGGCGCAAGUUGCCUCCUGCCGAACGCGCGGAUAUCCGCGGCCGCCGGCACGUAGAUCUUGGCAGCAGUGAUAAAGAGAUUUUUGCUGCUUUGGAAACGGGCGAUCUUUGGAUACCCGACAGCUGGUCCGGUGUCAUGGAGAACUUCAAGGAUGAAGUCAUGAUGAAAGCUUGUGGUGAUGAGUUCCUUCGUUCCGAACUAAAGCAGCUGUCUGAGCAAGCUGCCAAUGGUCUGACUUUUGAAAGGAAGACUUCGUCUUUUCAGCUGGCUGGGAAUCAGAAUGUGCCCCUGUCGGCCGGCAAGAUCGAAAGGCGAGAGACCGAGCUGAGCUUGGGGAGCUACGACAGCGCAGUCGAAGAUGCUCAAAACCCCAAUCCGAAGCUGGAUGAGCUGUUGAACUUGCAGAGAGCCAACUCGAUGCCCCCGCCCAAGACAAGCCCAAAGAGACUUUUGGAAGGCCCUGGCCGCAGCCCGGACCCAAAGAAACUUGCUGUGGAAGCUCCUGCCGAGAUGGCAAAGGACAGCCCUCGACCAAAGGGUUCCCAGAGCGAGGGGAGCCCUGGCCCAAGUCUCAGUGAGAGAUCCACGCCUGUCCCAGCCCCUGCCCCGAAAGCUGCCAAACGUGGCAAAAGCCCAACGUACUGGAGGCUCCGCCGCUACUUCGAGCCGAAAGCUUGCGGUGCUCUGAAGUGCUCGCCAGAAGCGUUGGCUCUCUACAAGACGGAGAACGGUCGUGAGCAGCUUCGCGAGAUGUUGAAGUCCCACGGGACUUUCGGUGCAUUGGAAGUUUCGCUCAAAAAGACCCACCUCAAGAAGAAGCGCUUGGAGCGGGCCGGGGGGUGGUACACGAAGACGUACUUGCAGAACGUGGCCCACUGGACCAAGAAAAACGAAAUCCACGGGGAAGAAGAAGCGAGACUGCUCCUGUCGGAUACGUUUACUCUGUUGGACGAAGAGGGCCACGAGAUCUCGAUUGAGGGAUCCUUGCAGAUCGACGAUGACAACAGUGGGUUCCUGCUGGGCAACGACAUGCCCAGCAUCGAUUCCUCGGCAGCAGAUCUUGAUCGAUUGGAGAAGCUGGCUCCUGAGGCAGGAGCACGAGCUGCUGGGCUUCGAGACAGCGUGUCUGAAGCCUUGCGAGACCUCAAGGGCUACUUCAAGCAGCUGACUACGAAACAAGCUGUCUACUGGCCAGAGGAACAGAGCCGGUUGAGCCGGAAGGAUCCAGUGGCAGCUCCGAUGCUGACCUCGCAGAUGAGUUGUUCCGUGGUUUUGAACAAGGAGCAUAGCAUGCUGAGCCGAUUCCUAUUCACUUGUAUUCCAUCCGAGAUGUACCGUGCCAAGACAUUGGACACCCUCAUGGAAGCAAUGGUCAGCGAUCUAGAGGAUCUCUUCCGAAACGGCGUUUUUCUUGAUCCUUCCCAAGCACAGCUGGCAAUGGAGAGUGGGUGGAAGAUGCUGGACCCUGGGAUAAAUUCCUAG